GAGCGCUGACUGGCAUCGUCUUAAUCAGCCUUUAGCUAUCACCUGAAAGAGAUCUGCCAUCCAAUCCCCAUUUGAAGUUGUCGCGCAACACUAUGCUGCAACUGUAAAUGAUUUAUUGUGUUGUGCUACCAAGCUACCAAGCCAAGCGCAAGUGCUGUCAACAUACCAAACAAAAUAAUAACAAACGAUGUCUUUUAUAAAGCGCAGCGUGAAAAAUAAAUUCGCUCGAAAGCGAAAGCAAUCCUCAGAAUCAGAUGAAGCCGAGUCGGAGUCCGCCGUUGUUGUCAAUCAGGAGAGAAAACAGAAAACAAAUCCUAACAUCCAAGGCACAUCAGGCUUGAAAUCCCGCCGCAAAACAGAUAAUCAAUCCGCGAGUGACUCGGCAAGCGAUGAUAAUGACGAUAUCAAAGUCGUUUACAAAUCAAACCGCUCAGUUGCACCAACUGGUCCACAGGACCAGGGUGCAACCGCUGAACUGGAAAUCGAGACCGAGAAGCAAAACGAUGCACAAGCUAUCUACGAGAAAAGUAUCGAAAUAAACAAAGAACUCGAGGGGAAGGCGGAUGACAAGGUGUACCGUGGUUUGAACAAUUACACCCAAUUCUACAAGAAAAAGGAUAGCGCUUUGGGGAAUGCUGCCUCCGGUAUGGUACGCAAAGGCCCUAUCCGGGCACCUUCUAACAUCAGAUCCACGGUGCGAUGGGACUAUCAACCGGAUAUAUGUAAAGAUUACAAAGAAACCGGCUAUUGCGGGUUUGGCGACAGUUGCAAGUUUUUGCACGAUCGAAGUGAUUACAAGCAUGGUUGGCAGCUUGAGCAGGAAGCAUCCACAACCGGUGGAACUUAUGCCGACGAUUCCGACGGUGACGACACAAAGUAUGAGAUUCAUUCGGACGAGGAGGAGCUCCCCUUCAAGUGCUACAUAUGCAGGGAAAGCUUCGUAGAUCCGAUCGUGACGAAGUGUAAACAUUAUUUCUGCGAGAAAUGCGCAUUGGCCAAUUACAAGAAAUCAACGCGAUGUGCUGUGUGUGGUGUACAAACCAAUGGCAUGUUUAAUCCGGCGAAAGAGCUGAUCGCAAGACUGAAAACUAGAGAAAUCAAUGACGAUGCUGGAUCUGAUAGUGACUAGCUUAUUUGAUUAUGUUACAGUUAGUUACUUCAUUUAGUAGGACUUUUCACAACUCAACAAAGUUAACUUGCUAAUCCUGCAUGUAAAAAUAUUUCAUACAAGAGAACAUGUUGUGAACGAGAGUGAGUUUGUAAAUAAAACUUAUUUGACCGA